CUUUUUGUCUAAUCAUAGCAAAACCUUCAUGUGUAGUGAUCAGAUGCCAACGUCUUCCUCUGUCUUGGAGACUUUGCUGAUGUAACGUGGUUCCUCAUUGCUGAGGGGGCCACCAGAUGCGUGUUCGAGUCUUUCGCCACCCACUUUGUGUGUCAGUACAGGAAGAAAGAUGUUCUGCAGCCUUGCUUUUCUCCUCCUCCCUACAUGUUAUCCCUCCCUUCUGAACCAGGCAGAGGAGAGAAAGUCACAAUUUUGAAAUUCGGAAGCGAGGCUCAGUCUUCUUUCCACUCUCUCCUACGCUCCCUUCUGUUUCAUCCGUGGAAUCACCUCUUGCCCUCCGGAAAGUUGAAGUCUGGAACUUCUAUAUUACUCCACCAUGGCUGGUCCACCAGUGCUGUGGCAUUUUUGGAUGUUGAUGAUUGGAUUAGCACUUCAAGGUCCCUCACAAUCCAUGGGAUACAACAUAGAUGCCUCUCCAGCAGCCACCUUCACUAGCAUCAGCAAGCAGUUUGGAUAUCAGGUCCUACAGAUUGGAGAAGGCCCUGAAGCAAGGAUUGUUGUGGGAGCGCCUGGAGAGCAGAAUUCUACAGGCAAAGUGUACCAGUGCGACAUGCAGAAGGCGGCGUGUGAAGCGAUUCCACUUGCGGGGAGCAAUGGAGUCCCCCACUUGGGCCUGACCCUGGCAAGUGACAACCAGGGAUCCAAGAUGAUUGCAUGUGCACCCGGAGUCGAACAACAUUGUGACAAAAACCUCUAUGUGAGCGGAGUCUGCUAUCUCUUGGAUGCCAAACUGCAUAAUACCCAAAACAUCACUACUGGGUACCAAAAGUGCCUCAAAGGGAACUUGGACCUGGUGUUCCUCUUCGAUGGGUCAGAAAGCAUGAGAAAUGAGGACUUCAAUACUAUUAAGGACUUCAUGAUCAAGGUCAUGGAAGAACUACGCAACAGCACCAUACAUUUUGCUGCUGUGCAGUUUUCAGAGGAUGCCAAAAUUGAAUUUGAUUUUAAUGAUUAUACCAAGGAUCGCAACCCUCGAAAGCUUUUGGCCAACGUGAAACAUAUGAAAAGCAUUACAGACACCUUCAAAGCAAUCAAACAUGUAGCGAAUGACCUUUUCACUCCUGAGCGUGGCAUGCGCGAAGGAGCAAAUAAAGUGAUCAUCCUCAUCACUGAUGGAGAUGCCACAGAUGACGACCUUGGAAGCAUUGCUGCUGCCAGAAAGAAGGAAAUCUUACGCCUUGUCAUUGGGAUUGGGAUUCAUCUAACUCGAGAUAACCUUGAAAAGCUUGCUUCUGAACCCCACAGUGAAUUUGUGAAGAUCCUCGCUAGCUUUGAAGAACUAAAAGACAGCUUUGAUGACCUCCAGUCGAAGAUUUAUGGCAUUGAAGGUGCCAGUGACAAAAGUUCAUUCCACUUAGAGAUGUCGUCCAGUGGAUUCAGUGCCGAUAUAUCCCAGGACAGAGUUGUUCUGGGUGCUGUUGGUGCAGACAAUUGGGCUGGAGGGCUGCUGGAACAGCAGAAGGAUCUCAGUAAAGAACAAUUCAUCUCUACCCCUUCGUUGAGGAAGGAGAUGGAAGGGGCUUACUUGGGUUAUGCCCUGAAAUUCCUACAGCACCAGCAGAGAGAACUAUAUGCUGCUGGUGCCCCUCGAUACCAACAUUUGGGAAGAGUCUUCAUCUUUGAAGUCAAUGUCACAACUAAUAACUGGACAUUAAAGCAAGAGAUCGAAGGGCAGCAGACUGGGUCAUAUUUUGGAGGAGUCCUCUGCACCUUAGAUGUAGACAGUGAUCAGGAAACUGACUUUCUUCUCAUCGGGGCCCCAUUUCAUUUCACAGAGACGGAAGGAGGUUGUGUUUACGUGUAUGGCUGGGAGGAGGAUCGUCUCGUCCUGCUAGGGGAGCUCAAGGGGGACCCAGGAUACCCCUUGGGCAGGUUUGGAGCAGCCAUUUCAGACCUGAAGGACAUCAGUGGCGAUGGAUUGAUGGAUGUGGCUGUGGGAGCCCCCCUAGAAGACGAAGAGAAGGGCGCUGUGUACAUUUAUAACGGCCAUCAGCAGAAAUUACCAAUGCACUAUAGCCAGAGAAUUACAGGAACCAGCAUUUCUCCUGGCUUGCAGUUCUUUGGACAAUCCAUCCAUGGAAAAACAGACCUCAACAAAGAUGGCCUCAUAGACAUCACAGUGGGAGCCCUGGGAGAAGUGGUGGUUCUCCGUUCCAGGCCCAUUGUCACCGUGGUCCCACAGGUGACAUUCUUGCACACGGAGAUUCCAGUGGAAGAGGUGGAAUGUUUGGGGGAUGCCGCCCAAUGGAGGAACAAGGAGUUUGGUCUCAACGUCUGCUUCAACAUCCGCUUGGCUACUCAGAGCUAUCAAGGUCCUCUCUCUGUCAUUCUCUCCUUCCACUUGGAGAUUGACUCCAACAGAAUGAAGAACCGAGGAGUAUUUAGGAAUGGCAAGAGGACCACAAAUGGGAUCCAAAAAACCACUUUGGGACAAAUGUGUGUUCAGGAAACAAUAAACAUCACGAACUGCAUUGAAGAUUACAUCUCUCCUAUCAAGCUCUUUGUGAACUUCUCUUUGAGCAGUGAUGAGGACCACGAUGAGAGUCAUCCCAGACCUGUUCAGAACUCACUAAGCAACACGACAACCGUAGAGAUUCCUUUUUCGAAGAACUGUGGGACAGAUGAUAAGUGUGUGGCUGACAUGCAAAUCUCAUUCCAUGAUUCAGGUUCUCAGGAGCUGGUGAUAUCUCCCAAACGUUACCUGAACAUGAACUUGGAGCUGAAGAACCCGCGGGAGAAUGCAUACUACCCAACCCUCCAUGUGCUUCACAUGCCCGGCCUCUCCUUCCGCAAGGCUUCUGUGCUCAAGGCCAGUCCCCCGAUCAUUGUGAACUGUGACGGCAUGCAGCUGGGUCACGAGCACAGGGGCCUCUCUUGCAAUAUCAGCCACCCGAUCUUUAGGGAUAACACAGAGGCUUUGAUCCAGCUCUGGUUUGGCAUCCUUACUGAAAGUUCCUGGGGGAAUGACUUGGAAAUGGAGGUGAAUGUCAGCAGUGAUAAUGAGGAAAAUGAUACUCUUCAUGACAACACAGCUAGACUCCAAAUCCCUGUCAAGUACCCCAUCAACAUCAUAGUUGAGAGGUUACAAGCAUCUACCCAGCAUGUUAGCUUCAGUUCUCGACGUCAAGAAAACAAGACUGUGAUACACUCUUAUAAUGUAACAAACUGGCCCAUGGGCACUUUCCCACCUCCUGAAGUAUCCGUGUUUGUGAAGGUGCCAACCAUGGGUCCUGAUGGGCUGACUUGGGAGGUGGAAGGUGUUCAAACUGAUCCCUCAGUGUUUUGCCAACCCAUUCUAAUGGAGAGAAGUGCAAAUAGACCUUCUGAAUGGAUUGAGAUGAAAUGUGAAGUUGGCAAAUAUCGCAUCUAUCGGUGUGAUCUUGGACAGAUAAAUUCCUCCAUAAUUAAUGUUACUGGGGUGAUGCGUGCCAAGAGCAACAUUGAGCAUUUCCCUCGGUCAAAGUUUUGCACAGCAUUAUGGUUAAUGUUUAAUACCACAAGAUAUGUGAACUUCUACAGUCAAGAAUUUGCCCAGUAUCAGGAUACAGAACUGGAGGUGAUUUUUGAGAUGAAUUAUCUUCCUAUUAUAAUAGGCAGCGUAGUAGGAGGCUUGUUCUUGCUCAUUCUCAUCAUUGUACUACUUUACAAGUGUGGGUUCUUUAAACGUAAUUAUAAGGCAAAGAUGGGUGAUGGUCUGGAAGAAAAUGAGAAUGCGCUACAACUAAAAGAUAACGUAGAGGAAGGUACAGAGAAAGAAGCCAAAUCAGAAAACGAUGCAGAGAGUGACAAAGAAAAAGAAACGGAUGCCUUGGCAGAGCCACUGAAUGGAGAGGCUGAGGCCAAAUGACCAAAUCAGCUUCUUCCCCUUGCACUGGAAUCCUGAUACUUGACUAUUUUUGCAAGAAACAGACAUAUUUCACUCUUACUGUUUGCACAUACUGUGGAAAGUCAAACUGUAUGACUGCAGUUAUUUCUGGCAUUUAAAAAUAUCAUCUGUAUGAAUUGUGGCAUCGCACAGGACGAGGCGAUCAGAAACAAGGAUGGCAUUUUUGUGGACAAUUACGGCUAUGUAUCCUUGUUGCUCUGUGACAAAUUGCCAAAUUAUUUGUAUAGAUAUGGCUGUGUAUUUCAUUAGGUCCUUUUGUACAUUAUAAAUAAGAACAUACACGGGAAAGCAACUUCUAGUUUGCAACCCAAAUUGGAUGAUGGGUUGGACUGGAUGGUACUGGUGAUUUUUUACCAACUCUUUUAUGAUUCUAUGGAACACUCAUAGAGAUCUGGAAGACUCAAUUCAAUUGGUGGAGAAAAGACCAUAGAAGGAGAAGCUCUAAAGUCACUCUUUUAGAAAUACUGAUAAAGUCAAGACUACUUUUUCUGCUUCUUGGCUACCUUAGGAUCACUCUAGACUGGGAUGCUUUAUAUGAGUGCAGGCAAAAGAUCUUGUCAGAGGAAUGAUGGAUGAGUGAAUGAGAGAGGAUAAAAGACACAGACUUGGCUAUUGCAGGCAAAACUCAACUCCCAGCUGAGUUUUGCUUGGGAAUGUGUGUAUAUUUGCUGGUUCCAGAAAUACCACCCCUAGUUUUUGAGACACAGAACCUAGAAAGCCGUGAUAACCAUAUCUAAGAAACUAAAGCUGAUGCGGUCCAUCCAAUGUGAUUUUCUGAAUCAGCACCCCAAAUAACCCCAAGAAUAGGCCUAAAAACCAAGACACCAAGAAAAUAUAUAUAUUGUUAGGCUGUGUAAUCUAUCCUCAAUAGUAAAGGUCCCAUACACCUCAUUAUGCCAGAGAUUAUGUUUUGAGACCUUUCAAGUCUUUCAAUAGCAAUUCUCAAAUGGGAAUUAGACAAAUAACUCUUUACUCCAUUUCCAGAAGGAACAACUAUUCUUAGUAAAUUCAGCACAACAGGAUUCAACGUAAAACAGAAAGUGGAUCUCUUAAAGGUCACAUGUAUCUUUUUUCCCUUCUGAAUCUUUUCCAAUAGAUUCACUUUGGACUCUACAUUGAUCAAACCUGAUAAACAUAUUCGUAAAAAUUAACAGUUAUGCAUUUUUUCAAUAUAUAUUUUUGAACAUGCAUUAUUUUGAAUAUUUCUUGGAUAUUGUUUUCUUGGAUAUUGUUUUAUUUUAUAUUCCCUCGUUAGGAUAUUCAUAUACUAUGUGAUAGUACCCACAAAAUACUUUCUAUCUUAAAAAUAACAAUCACAACUACCGCUGCUGCUUUAUUAUCUACACAUGGGAAUAUCAAAUGUGUCACAGGAAGUAUAUCAGAAUACAUGGGUGCAAAAUGAACUCAAAAGAAAAGGACUUCAGAUACCCAAGGAUUUAGAAAUGCGCUCUGCAUUUUUCACUUUAUCAAUGUUUUUUCAUGCCAUCUGAGAACAGCUAAUGAAAUCGUCUUAGUUUCAAAA